UUCACGGGGCCGAAACGCCCUUCUCCACUCGCAUUGUUGGCACGCACUUGUGAGAGCAUCAGUCAAGAGCUGCUUCAGCAUCCCGUCAACAUCAGCUGUUUCGCCGCCACCGCCGCCACCCACAUUCCUCCCGACGCCAGCACUUCUGGCCGAAGUCCAGCUUCACAACCAAAAGUGCCUUGGUUGCGUUGCUGCCGGCCGAGUUCCGGCUGUCGGGACGGCGAAUCGCGACCGACCGGCGCCAGUGGUCUCAGCACGAGUUGUGAACCCGUCGAGGCGAGACCCGCCAACUCGGCCUCGGGCUCGGGACUCGAAAGUCCUCGUGCCAGACCUGCCGUGAAGUCCGGCUCAGUAAGGACAAAGCAGCAGAUCAAGGCAGCUGAUGCCGCCGGCGAAACUGGGCCCAAACGUAUCCUUCGUCUACAGAAGAGCCCAACCCGACAGACCGACAAGAUUGGCCUCAUUCACCUGACUUCUGGCGCCAGACGUAGUCGCGACAAGAGCUCUGCUUCGCGGCACUCGGUCAAUUCGGAUCAAACCUUUCAGAGCUUAAGUCAUAAACGAAGAUCCGAAGCGAUUGACCUCGUCUCGGCUCUGACGCCCCUGGGCCGGAAUUCGCUGGCUGUAUCCGUCAACACUGGGAGCCAAGAGGUCGAACCCUCAGAGGAGGAAUCAAUUUCUCUGUCUUCAGGUGACCUGUCCUCGUCCUCAUUCUCUUCUUCUUCUUCUUCUUCUUCUUCUUCGUCGUCGUCUUCUUCAUCCUCUUCCGGCCAGUUUUCCUGCCCUCCCACCUCAAACUCGCUGCAGGCCUUGACCCGUCUCUCCCUUUCCCUCAUCCCAACCGGUCCCAGAAGCGGACCAGCCUCACUUCCGGUCGACAAUCCCUUUUACAGACCCAAGCUCAAUUCGAGUCUCCUCUCGCGAGAUAGGCCGGGCCAAAGUUGCAAGCGCCUGAGAAUCGGCCUCGAGGGCUCUUUACGAGCCGAUGCUGGUGGGACCGAUUCCGACUCUGAGGGUCAUGUCGGUUCGGAGAGUGGCACAACUUUGACCGCCGGCCUCACGUCUUCUUUGCAACGGCCUCAUCAGCAGCGCAGCCCUUGUCUCGACAACACGCCAGACUCCGAGAGUUUUCCCUUUCUAUUCUCUCCUCCGAGGCCGAACGUCAGCCCCGUCUGUCUGUCCAGGCGUCAAACCGCUGCCUUCACGCCUCCUUUGCCCACUCCUAGAACUCCGUCUCCACGUCGGGCAAGAGUGGCGCCUUCGGAGAAGAGUGUUGAAACCACUUCGUUCCGUCGAAAGUCCUCUCAUCACCCUCACGAGCUCGACCCGCGCCAGCAAACUUCAGCCCCGGACCAACUGGCCUGCUUUAUGUCGCGCCUCGAGACUGAAAAGCCCGAUCUCAGCCUUCAGACGACCGCCGCCCAGACGGGCUGUUCACUGUCGGCGCUGAACGGCGUGAAGCUGGACGAUGGUCUUGUGCUUGCGCUUGCCAGUGCCAUUGUGGAUCAUUAUUCCAAACGGGUCCAGACGGCCACAGAGCUCGUUGAAAGCGAUAAAGGUAGCCCGGAGUCUCGACAAAAUGGCCUUUUGCAAAGCGAAAGCCUUCAUUCCGUGGCGACCAUCAUGGACGAAGAGGUCUCGACGUCGAGACAAAUGAGGGAGGUUCCUCGGUCUGGUCAUCUUUGGCCGGCGCACUGGCUUGACGUGAGUCUGGACCAGUUCCACCAGCCUCCAGAGGUCUCCAAGUCGCCGAUGGAAACUGCGAUCGAGACUGAGCCCGACUCGGCGCUCAAUCUCAGCGGCCAGCAGCCGACGGCGUCGAGGCAGGAGGAGACCUCGUUACUCGAAUCGUCUGCCCAGAAUUGGUCGUCCAGAGUGUCAGACUCCUUCUGGACCCGAUGGUGGCUGUCCCAGUGGCCAUGGCCGACGGGCUGUCUGCUACCAUGCGUCUCUAUGCUGCCCGGCGUGUCGACCGUCGAGUCGCAGACUGCGUCGGCCACUCUCUCCUGCCGGCGCCAGGAUCUGCACAGACAGUCGCCGGUCUCGCCAGUCUCGUCGGCCUCGUCGGUCUCCUCGAUGCUCACCAACGCUAUCACUGGCCUCGCGAGUCUGCCCUGCCUCGAUCAGCCAUCUUGGCUCCAGCUCUGGCAUACGCAGAUGCAGCAAUAA